AUGGAUGUUAGCUUAUUGUUUAAAGCCAGUGUAAAGACAGUAAGUCUUCGUAACAAAGACUUAGGAAUCACAAACAAUACCCAGAAUGUAAAGAAACCGAGAAACAAAAGUCCUUUCUUUGUGAAAGUUCGAGCGGUUGUUGUGCACAUUUCGAAACUACGUGAAUUUUUAUUAGAGAAUCGUAAGGCAUAUCUGAACUUCUCAAACUAUUUAUCCUAUGUACCGAGUAUGACAGACUCAAACAGAGACGAAAUAGAUGUCGAAGCACAGAAAAUAAUGACCAAGUGUGCCUAUUUGAUCAAGGAAUUAAGGAGAGAGGUUGCAGACUUUGUAGUCUCGCCUCAGAAUUUAGAGCACCGAGAAAUCAUGUUGCUCUUAAUAGAGGAUUAUCUAAAAAGUGUAUGUAAGAUUUAUUCAGAGCAGAAAGCUAUGCGUGUGAAGAGAGCAAUGGAAAUAAGAAAAAUAGCAAAGUUAGAAUUACAAGUGAAACCUGUAAAGCAGUUGGAAAUUGAAUCAAAACGAGCUAGUUUAAACUUUAUUGAAAAAGUGGAUGAGAAAGAUGGUAAAGUUGGUUCCACUGACUCCAGUCCUAUGAAGAUUCAAGAAAUAAACGGAGAUGUUAAUUCUCUAAUGUACGAAGAAGAAUUAUCACCCGAGGAUAUACAGGUGUUCGAAGCAGAAAACGAACAUUUGUACAAUGAACUCAAUACAGUCACAGAAGAAGUGAAACAAAUAGAAAGUAAAGUGGUACACAUUGCUGAACUGCAAGAAAUAUUUACAGAAAAGGUGUUAGAUCAGGAUAAAGAUUUAGAUCGUUUAAUGACCACAGUUGUUGGAUCUACAGAAAAUGUUAGAGAAGCAAACGAACAGAUUAGACAAGCUAUUCAACGGAAUGCAGGACUUCGAGUGUGGAUUCUUUUCUUCCUUCUAGUUAUGUCAUUCUCCCUAUUGUUUCUAGAUUGGUACAACCCUUAAAAUAAAGAAAUGGUUUGGUAAUUUUAUUAACUCAUUUGUACAUACACUCAAAGAAUGUU